AUGGAUCAGCUUUCUGCACAUAUUUUUGAGCUCAGGGCAAAAGAUGAAGAAAAGACCAAACAAAUCAAGGAUCUACAAACGAGUCUUGGUUCUGUUCUAGCAAAUUAUUUCAAUCUCAAGAACGUAUUGUAUGAUGCUUUUGGUGAGAAAGUCAAAGCCCUCUUCCAACAGCCUCAGGGAGUAGUUGAUCCUCCUUCUAUUCAAUCACCUCCUGCAAUUGAUGAUCUACCUGUUGAUCCCCCUGUUCCAAGAACAACUACCAUUGUAGAUGGAUUUGAAAAGGAACCUGAAGGAAGCAGAGCCAGAAUCACAAUCAAGCAAGGCAAAAGAAUUGUAACUACGAAACAAAGCGAAGGCCUGUUAUUCAUGAAAAACUCAAAUGAAAAUCGCAAAACAAAAGACCCUGUCUUGACAGUUACAGAUUUGAAGAAAAGAAAGUUCUGCGAUGAGUAUGGUGACAGGACAGGCAUCCGAAUGUGGGCCUUUGAUCUGGUGACCAAUUUGUGGGUUGUAAAGCGAACAUCAGGAGCAUCUGAAUGUUACAAAAGCACCCAUGAUUUCAACUCUUGGACCAAAACUGAUCUAGCUGAAUUAUCCAGGGCCCCAUUCCAUAACCCCUCUGAAGAUCCUAAUGCUUCAAAUUUCAAAAGAUUUCUCGACAGACAGGUCAAAGAGAACUUUCCUUCAAUGAAGACUACCAAAGCCCUAUACAAAAAGGAAAAAGAUGUUCUUGAUCCAGAAACAGGCGAACCCAUGAAGAUUUCUCUCUGGCCUGCAACUAAGAAAAAAAGGUCUUUACCUAAAACAUUUCAAGCAAGUAAUCUUGUCACACUUGAGAUGUGUCGCAGCAAAAUCAUUCUACUUUGGGAAGGGGAAGAACCAAAGAAACUCAGAUUCCUUGAUCUCAGUUAUUCAACGUUGAAGACCCUUGACCUUUGGUUGGUUCUAAAUCUCGAGACAUUUACUCUUACAGGAUGUGGUGAUCUGGUUGAAUUUCCAGAUGGUAAUUGGAAGUUGGAGCAUCUAAAAUCUCUAGAACUUGAUGGUUGUAAGUUACUUGAGAAGUUAUCUGAUGAUCUUCACCGUUUAGGAGUUUUAGAAAAGCUAAACUUGUCAUCUACAAGUAUUGAAUAUCUCCCAGAUAGCAUUAGCAUAUUGAAGCAUCUAAAAUAUCUUGAACUUGAUAGAUGUCAGUUAAUUGAGAAGUUACCGGAGGAUCUUGGCCAACUAGAGUCAUUAGAACACCUCAGUUUAUCAUCUACAAAGAUUCAACAUCUUCCAGAUAACAUUUGUAUGUUGAAACAUCUAGAAUCUCUGAAACUUGAGGAUUGUACGUUUCUUGAGAAGAUACUCGAAGAUCUUGGCCAACUAGAGUCAUUAGAGCGCCUAACUUUGUCAUAUACAAAGACUCAAUAUCUUCCAGAUAGCAUUUGUAUGUUGAAAUGUCUAGAAUCUGUAAAUCUUAUUAAUUUUCGGUUGCUUGAGAAGUUGCCUGAAGAUCUUGGCCAAUUAGACUCGUUAGAACAACUCAGUUUGUCAUCUACAAAGAUUAAGCAUCUUCCAAAUAGCAUUUGUGAUUUUUGGUUUCUUGAGAAGUUACCUGAGGAUCUUGGUCAUUUAAAGUGUUUAGAUAAGCUGCACAUAUCUUAUACAAAGAUUAAACAUUUUCCAGAUAGCAUUUCUAUGUUGAAACAUCUAAAAGCUCUCAAACUUCAUGAUUUGUCGUCAUUUGAGAUGCUACCUGAGGAUCUCAGUGGGUUACGCUGUUUAAAGGUGCAACUGCUGUUAUCUACAAAGAUUAGGCAUCUUCCGGAUAGCAUUUGUAUGUUGAAACAUCUGAAACUUCUCAACCUGGCUCAAUAUAGUAUUUCUAUGUUGAAACAUCUAAAAGUUCUCAAACUUGAUGAAUGUCGGUUGCUUGAGAUGUUACCUGAAGAUCUCGGUGGGUUAGACUGUUUAGAGGUAUUGCGGUUGUCAUAUACAAAGAUUAGAAAUCUCCCAGAUAGCAUUUGUAUGUUGAUACAUUUGGAAUAUCUCUAUCUUGAUCAUUGUUUACUGCUUGAAAAGUUGUCUGAAGAUCUCAGUAGACAUCUUCCGGAUAACAUUUGUAUGUUGAAACAACAGAGAGUUCUCAACCUGCGUGAAUGUUCAUUGCUGGAGAAGUUACCUGAGGAUCUUGGCGAAUUAGAAAGUUUAGAAUUCUUAAAUAUAGUAGGAGGGCUUCUUCAUUCACUUGGUUACAAUGUUGAAGACGAAGAUGAAGACAUCAAUGAAGAUCAAUACAUAUAUGAGUACGAAGAUGACUACGAAGACCAAUACGGAUAUGGAUAUGAAUAUGAUGAUUAUAUGAAAACAAAUGAGGAGGUAGCAGAUAUUCUAACCAAUAGCCUUGCAAGUGGGAAACUGAUUGAAUUCAACAACAUGAUGGGUAUGGUAGAAGUUGAUGUUGAGAAGGAAUAUUAA